GUGGUGGAGUCGCUGUUUAUGUGAAAAACCAUUUGCAGGUUGUGGAGAAACAGUACCUGAAUAAUGUGACUGACCUUGAGUUUGUGGCUUUGAAGGUUGAAUCUCCUGUAAGUGCUCUGAUUGCAGCUGUGUACAGACCUCCAGACUACAGUGUGCCAUCAUUCCUGUCCAAUCUGGGAAGCCUUCUGGACUCACUUGAGAUCAUGGACUGUCAUCCCAUCAUCGUCUGUGGCGACUUCAAUGAGAAUCUCUUUUCUAAUGCAAGUAAGCCAAUUUUGGAUUUCUUUCAGUCAAAGGGAUAUGGUCAACUGAUCACUGCUGCUACAACGGACAAGAACACACUGCUGGACCUGAUCUUCAUCUCACGACCUCAGCUAUGUCUCUCCUCAGGUAUCAUGCAGACGUACUACAGUUACCACAACGCCACUUACUGUGUCAUUUCAUCCAACAGGUCAUAG